CGCAUACAGGCUACAGUAGUACAAAGCAGCUGCGGCCUCGAAGCCGGGAGUUUUACCAUCGUCCUUCUGUCGAGCGAUGCAAGGACUAAUGCAAGAUAGCAGAGCUACCGUAGCUGCUGCUGCUGCUGCUGAAAGUAAUGGUACUCCUUCCCACUACUGCACAGGACAAAUCCCGCGAUCUAGUGCCGUCUACCCUAGAAGGAACAGACUCAAACUUAAUGAUGUUGGCCCAACGUGCCGGCCGCAUGGCUCCACCUCUGCCUUCUUUGCAGGCCCUCUGGCUGCUUAUCGUUCAUCCGGGUUCGCUAGAUCAGAGCGGUGAAACCACACCAGAACCACAUCGAAUGGAACAAUUUACAGUUGAGAGCCAGUCCCCCGGAACACGCCGGGUCCAGGGAGAAGACAGUGCCUUCCCAUCGAAGUAUCGGCAGGUCCAAUCGCUAUCGCUUCUGCGGUCGGUCAGGCUUAGCUCCGAGAAGACAAUCGUCGUUGCCAUGCCGGACAACUCUCUACUGCUGUAA